AAGCGCCAAGGUUAAGUACUUCGCUACAAAUGUCUAGUGUUCAAACUUCCUCCCAAAGUAAUUCAUCCGCCUCUGAUAUGGAAAGUGUUUACAAGUGGGUUGCUUCAUUAACUAAUGUAGAAACCCGGGAAAGUGCACUCCUUGAAUUAUGUAAAAAAAGAGAGUCGGUUCCUGAACUUGCUCCACUUCUGUGGCAUUCCUGUGGCUCUAUUGCUGCGUUGCUGCAAGAAAUAUGUGCCAUUUAUCCUUACAUCAAUCCACCAAAUUUAAGCGCACACCAAUCUAAUCGUGUAUGCAACGCGUUGGCUCUUCUGCAAUGUUUAGCUUCCCACCCGGAAACCAGAAAUGAAUUUUUGAAAGCUAACAUACCUCUUUAUUUGUACACAUUUUUGAACACAAAUAAUCGAACACGCCCAUUCGAAUAUCUAAGGUUAACAAGCCUAGGGGUAAUUGGUGCACUUGUUAAGACUGACGAACCAGAAGUUAUAGCCUUCUUACUUGGUUCAGAAAUUAUACCUCUUUGUCUAGUAAUUAUGGAGUCAGGAAGUGAACUGAGCAAGACUGUAGCUACUUUCAUUAUGCAGAAACUGUUGUUGGAUGAAGUAGGCCUAGCGUAUAUCUGUCAGACUUAUGAACGAUUUGCACAUGUAGCUACUGUUUUGGACAAAAUGGUGAUCCAUUUGGCGAGGGAGCAGUCGUUACGUCUUUUAAAACAUGUAAUACGAUGUUACUUACGUCUUUCAGACGACUCACGAGCUCGUGAUGCUCUUCGAACAUGUUUGCCGCAACAGCUUGUAGACGGCACAUUUAGUAGUUUGUUAGAGAACGAUGUCGCUACUAGACGAUGGCUUACACAAUUAAUUCGCCAGUUAUCUGUUCGUGCAGUUGGUUCUGCGGCUACAUCUAGCACUCCUGCUUCUAGUGUUAGCUCGGUUGAUGUUAAUACACUGAAUACCACAAAUGCCAUUCGGGCUGCUCUUAAAACCAGUACUAUUGCUUCUUCAGUAGUAACCACAGUAUCUACUGUAAGUUCCUCUGGACCUACAGUUUCAAACGUUACAGGUGCCCCGAGUAGUACAUCAGGUGCCCAGGUGUCUACAUCUGGUCCUGUGUCUUCCAGCUCAGGUUUAGAUCCUGCAGCAUCUUCAAGUAACUGAAAUACCGUCACACUAGCCUACUCUUUAGGAAGCCGUGCAUAUUUUAUUUGAGAUAUGCUUAGUCUUAUUAUGUGUACAUAAUUCUUUCUGAUUUUCUCCAACCGAAACUUUUUUAUUCCUACUUCUUUGGUUUAAUCAGAUGCAGUGAAAAUUUUCAGAAAAUGGUUAGUCACCUUGUAAAAAAAACUUUCUGGCUUUCUAGCAACUUUGUUCACUUCAAGUAUGUAUAUUUUGCAAGUGGCAUUUUCGUGCUUGCUUAUUCUGAUACAGUUAUGGGCGUCAUGUACAUGUUUCGUUUUUCCGUGUGAAUCUCACAUGAGCCGUAAAAACAACUUAACUUGUAACAAUCUUACUUUAUAUUUUUUUAUUUAUUGCUGCAGUAAAGUGUCGGUAUUCGGUUGGGAAUGUAAUUGUAGAGGAAUUAGCUAUCGAGUUUGGUCUCCAUAUUACUCUAGAUACUUUUUGUGUAAAGUUUCUUGGUUUC